UCUUCCGCUGGUGCAAUUACCGACAUCAAUCCUCCCAAGCAAGCAGCAGCGACUGGCCUCGUUUCCGGUGUGGUCGAAGGGCAGGAUGAAGACGGUGACGGUGAUGGAGGUGAUGAUCGCGUUGGAUGCGACCUGAAGACCGACAACACUCAGGCAAGAUCAAGAAGAAAAGAAAGAACAAUAAGAAGAAGAAGAAGCUUUGUGGUGGGCAGCAGACAGCACCACCCANGGGUCGCGCUUGCCAAUCUCUUCCACGGCAACAAGUACCCUGGAGGCGAAAUUGUCGAGUACACACCUCGCAACGACAAUCUGCAGCGAACCACUUCUGCGGAGCUUCGUCAUCAAGAUGCCAUCAAGAUCAUGGACGAUGAUUUUCUGAAAGACUAUCGUAAGGCCGCCGAGGUCCAUCGCCAAGUUCGCCAGUACGUACAGACAAUCGCCAAACCUGGUGUCACGAUGAGCCAGCUCGCCGACGAAGUUGAAGAAGGCGUCCGAGCAUUGGUGGGCCAUCAAGGGCUUGAGGCUGGAGAUGCACUCAAGGCUGGCAUGGGCUUCCCCACCGGUUUGUGUCUGAACAAUGUUGGGGCACACUGGACUCCCAACCCUGGAGGCAAGGAAAUCGUGCUUAAGUAUGACGAUGUCCUGAAAGUGGAUUUUGGUGUUCACGUGAAUGGCCGCAUUGUCGACAGCGCGUUUACGGUGGCUUCUAACCCUGUCUAUGAAAACUUGCUCACUGCUGUCAAGGAAGCCACUGAUACUGGACUANAAGCUGGUAUCGAUGCCAGGAUCGACCAAAUUAGUGGAGACGUCCAAGAAGUGAUGGAGAGCUAUGAGGUCGAACUCAAUGGCAAGACCCUCCCUAUCAAAGCGGUCCGAAACAUCACUGGCCACAACAUCUUACGCUACAAGAUCCAUGGCGAUAAGCAAGUCCCUUUCGUAAAGACCGAGACAGACCAACGCAUGGAAGAAGGCGAUAUCUUUGCCAUCGAGACGUUCGGUACCACCGGAAACGGGUACCUGACAGACGGCCCUGGUAUCUACGGCUAUGGCCGCAACGAGCAUGCCCGCCCUACAGGCUUGCAGUUAAAAUCGGCCAAACCGCUGCUCAAGACAAUCGAUGAUAACUUUGGGACACUCGUCUUCUCCCGGCGCUACCUCGAGCGUUUGGGUGUGAAGAACUACCAUCUGGGCAUGAAGACGCUCAUUGCUAGUGGCGUCGUCGAAGACUAUGCGCCUUUGGUCGAUAUCCCUGGAUCGUAUAUCGCUCAGUUUGAGCAUACUGUUUUGCUCAGACCCAACUGCAAAGAAGUGAUCUCUCGUGGAGAUGACUAC